AUGGAAAGCUUAUAUGUGACGGAAAGCGCUUUUGCCGCGACAUCGUCGUCAUCUUAUGCCUACACGUCGUCCCCGCUCUACACUCCCCCACCAGACUCGUCUUUGGCCUCUAGUCCAAGUGAGGACGCGUUCUCGUCUGCUCAGGGCGACAUCCCAAUGGCGGGGUUCCCACUUGCGAGUUCGGACAAACAUUGGGACAGUCUGAGCGACGACUUCAUCACCAACGCGCUGAAUUCCUUUCCGCCGUCUUCCGCCCUCGGGCUGGACGAAGAGUUGGAUUUCAUGACGCAGAGUGCUUCAAGCGAUCCGCGAUGUUGUCAGAGCGAAGCGACGCCUUCGUCUCCGUAUUCUGGAGCGCUCUUGGCUGAGUCCACGUACCCGAAUAGCUCUUCGUGGGUUGAAGAAGUGCCUGUAAUGGCACAGGUAGAAAACUUACCACAGCUCGUUGCGACUCCACCAGCGGUAAAGAAAGGAGCUCGCGGACAAGGCAGAAAAAAAGUUGUGUUCCCUGCCGCGCCAAAGAAGCCCACGGCAGGUCUCGAGGAGCAUAAAAAGCAGCGACGCCGGUCGCAGAUCGCAUUGGGCGUGCAACGCCAUCGGGAGAAGAAGAAGAGUCUGGUCGUGUCGUUGCAGACCGAGAUGAGUCAACUAACGAGCCACUUGGCGACUCUGCGAGCCGAGCGACGGGCUCAACUCGCGAACAACGACGAGCUCAUGAAGAACGAGGAAGAAGCGAUGACGCAACGGCGCAAGCGGAAACAGGCCGAGCAGCACAAUCAGCUGCUGAAAAAGGCGCUGUUCCAGCAGACGACGUUUCUCGGGGGCAUGCGGGCCAUGAUGGGCGGCAGCAACUUGCUGCUUUCCAAGACGCUCGAGUUCCACGACUGGGUGCACUCGUACACGGCCUUGUCGGCCACGGAAUCUCUUGGGCGGCGCAAAGAGUACGUCGCGCACUUUCCACGGAGUAAGAUGGAGUUGGCGCGGAACAUUGUGAUCCAGAACACCGAAGAAGAUACUUUGCGCUUGUUGGCCACGGGCGGCACAACGACGGCGAACAUUCGGAUUUUGCACGACGGGACGCGGCACGCGCGCGAGAUGCACAUUGAGUCGACUGGGGGCAUCACACGGGACCUCUUUGGUCGCCGCAGUAGCCGUCAGGAUCCGUAUACCUCGUUCGUCGACGAUGCCGGUGACGGCCGCGUGAUUAAGGAGUUCUCGUCCGUGUUUGUUUUCCCCGAGACCGUGCACUGCACGCUCUAUGCGCUCAUGCACAUUGUCGCCAGUAGCAUGAAGACCAUCGGCGUGUACUACUCGGGCGUGUCGUACGAAGCGCGAGCGUCGGAAGAAGUGCACCUCGAAGAGGACAAUGGCUUGACGCACUCGGACGUGUACUACUCGGACCUGGUGGCGUCCAUGGAGCCCGUGAUUGAAGAAGUCGACGAAGCGGAUACGGCUGGGAACAUUGACGUUGAAGCGCGGGUUUUGACGCGCGUGCAAUGUGGACAAGACGAAGGGAUCCUCUUGUGGGACUAUGCGGACGAAGACGCGUUGCACCCGAUUCCAGUCGACUCGCCCGACCGCAAAGCCAUUCGCCGCAACGUGUGCGGUGCAAUGAUCGUACGACGCGAAGUGGGCACCGGUUUGCUCUCAGUGCGCCACGUCUCGAUCAAAGCGUAUUGUCCGCUGGCGCAGCCCAAGAACGUGCCGGGAGGGCCCGAGGCGUCGGACGCCGAAGAGAUUCGACGGGCCAUCACGCGACGCAUUGGCCUGCAAGCGACCGAGUCUGAACGCUUGCGGGACCGGUGCUUGGGCUACGUCUACAACGACAUUGUCCGUCGCUUGGAGAUGCUGCAAGUGUCGUGA